UUCUGGGUACUUAUCCAUAGUUUUUUUCACGAGUUGGCCGGCGCUGCAGCGCCAAAAUAAGCGUCUUCAUUGGCAGGCCUGCGCUGUUGCAUCAACAUGGCGACGGUCAGUCUGUGUUGCGAUUGUAAUUCGUAUUGCCUACUUCCACUAUAUGUAAUACUUACUGCAGUCAUGCGUUCGAUAAAGCCGCGCUCGUACCGUCGUGGUUUAUCCGGACAGUGUCAAUCGUCGUCUUGCUGUUCGUCGCGCAUUUUCGAAAGUAAAAAAGUGUUAUAAACCUAUACCGUCGCUGAGUCUCUUCCGCAACUCAUCGCAGCAGAAUGCAACGGUCUGUGGAGGAGGCCACAAAGAAGUUUAUAUGCCUUAGUUUUAAGUAGUCUUGUUACAGUAAUUUUUUAUACAAACUGGGUAAUUUAUUAAGUGUUGAUAUGGAAAGCUCACAUACUAUGGAAAAGUCAAAAGAAAGCAACGUAAAUGGCAAAGAUGAACACCUUUCUGCACUUGGGACAAAUGUACAGAAACCCUUGGAAAAAAAAAAAUUUUGUAAUACAGUAUUUGCUACAAAAAUGAGAAAUCGAAGAAAAGAGGAAAAAUUGAAGGAGAUCAAUACGACAGAAGUUUUAGACAGCUGUAAAGGAAAGUCCAUUGAUGUGAAGCAUAUUGAUCCAAAAGCUGUGCCUAAAUUAAUUGCUGCUGCUACUACAGCUACCACAGCUACUGAAAUGACUGGAGCAAUACAGAAACACCGCAAGAGAAAAAGGUGGAAUCGUUGGAAAUUAGGAAUGGAUACAAAAAAAAAGAAAUCUACUCUUAAGAAUCCAAAGGUGAAUAAAGUGAAUAAUGCACGUGUAAGUGACAGAAGUACAAGUGAGAGCAAUCCAGUUAAAACUGACUCUUCAACUAUAAAAGAGGAAGUGGAAGGAAAUAAGUUAGAGACUUCAACCGUUAAUGGCGAUAUGCAUAGAAGAAAGAGUCUCAGACAUCUUGCACCUAAUGUUAUUCCUAAUCAAAAACAUGUCUCUGAAAUUAAGCCAGAUAAGGAAACUAUUCCUACAACAGAAAUUUUCAGCUGCAGAAGAAUCGAACCUUUUAUUGGUAAACUAAAAACUAGAGAAUCUAGGAUUUUAAAUAUAGAAAAACUUUUAAAUGGACCUAAUUUAAAAAAUAAUAACGAACCUAUUGCAAAUGGUAACAGAAAUUUGCCAGAUAAAAAGGAAGAAAAGAGGACUGCAUUUGUUCCUGAGAUAAACUCUACUGUAAAACAAAGCAAAAGUGAUGAAAACAAAGAGUCAGAUAAUUGCAUGGAUGCAAAAAGUUUUACGAAUAAAGAAUCUAGUAUAAAAGAAAGUAAAAGUUACAAUAACAAAGAGUCAGAUGAUUGCAAAGAUGCAAAAAGUUCUACAAAAAGGCAAAAGAGUGAAAAUAAACAUAAGAAUAAACUCAAGAAUAGGAGUACAAUAGGUAUUGCAGAUACAGAAAAAAAACUGGUUGAUCCAGAAUCAAAGAACACACCCAAUAAAGUGAAUGAAACCAAAGAAAAUGAAGAUGAAGAAAUUAGUUGUCGACGUACAAUACCAUUUGAAGGUAAAAUCAUUGAUAAACCUGCGUCUGGUAUAACUGAAAUAUCCAAGAAUAUAGCUUGUCCUAAUGAUGUCAAUAUCGAGUUAGAUGCUGUAAAGGAGAAUGUAAACACAGAACAUAGCUGCUCAUCAAUGGAUUCAAAUUCAAAACAAAAUUCUUCAGAUGUUAUUCAUAAGAAAUCCAAAGCUUCCAACAAUAUGAAAGCAAAGUCAGAUUCUAAUUUAACAAGUGGUGAUGUAAAGUUAAAAUCUUCCAAAGAUAUCAAUAUGAGUAAUGAAAAAUCAAAAAAUGAAUCUUAUCAAGUUCAAAAUGAUUCUGAAACGGACAGCUCCAUAAAAGAUGCAAAUGCUUUACUGCAUGUUUUGAAUAAAACAAACACAAUCUUUGAUAAAACUGCAAAAGAUCAAAGCAUAGAAGUUAAUGAAGAGGAUUCAUUUGUUCAAGUGAAAGAUUUAUCAAAUUCUUCCAGUGAAACAAAUACCAAAAUUAAUGUUUUAAAUAAUGCGAGUAUGGAAUUGGACAAAUUACCUGAGUCUGUAGAAUCGCAACGCUCGGAUAGUGAACAUGGGAAUUGGAGUUGUAGCAGAACAGAACCUUAUAAAUAUUAUUUUCACUGUAGUAGGACCUUGCCUUAUGUGCGUCCAGUGAAUAAAGCAAAAACUGCUGUUACAUCAGGAGCUAGUUCAGAUCAAGUAAAUCAUAAUAAUCAACAACCUGAAUCUAUCUCAAAUCAUAAACUUACGUUAAAUGAAACAGAGAAAAGCAAUAGUGAAACAAACAUUCCAAGAAAUUCAGAGAGUGAAUCUGUUGAUUGCAUGGUUGAUACCAAUUUAGGUAGUAAUUCUGAAACAGUACAAAAUGGAGAAUGGAAAUUCAGAAGAAAACGCCAAAAAACAUUUAUAGAACAGGAGAAUAAGAUUGAAGAAGAAACACAUCCAUUAAAAAAAUCAAAAAUCAAAUCAUCUCCAUCAGUCAAAGCAUCUGUGGAUCGAAAGUUAACUGCCACUCCUGUGUCUCCAAGCAGGACUAUUUGUUCUUUGUUAUCACUGAAUUGCACCAAACAUGACCAUCAUCAUCAUACAGAUAAUGGUAUGAGUGUGAAAGACCUCGCAGAGAAACAAAAAGCUUGCGUUGCAUUACUUAGACUAGAACAUAUAAAUGAUCCAUUGGUUGUUGACUAUCUCAAGAAGACUGACUUAUUGAGCAGAAUUGAUAGUAGUUUGAUGAUGCCUGAAAAAGAUAUCAAUGAGAAACCAAGCACAAGCUUAAAUGACGCUAAACUAAUAGUUUCUAAUGAGAAGGUUGAAGAAGUAGCCAGAGAUGUAUCAGCUAGUUUGAGCUUACCUACUCCCAGUAUGCUUGUUGCGAAUGCUACUACUACUAUCACUUCAAACACAAUUAAAGCUUCAGGCAGUGCGAAUCAACCAACUGAAGUUAACAGUAGUAUUGAUGAAAAAGUAUUGAGACCCAAGAGUAGAGCAAGAGUGAGGCCCCUGAGUCGAGUUUCUACAGAAUCACCCAGUAUCACACGUAACAAGCGGAACAAGCAUCCUGUUAAUUAUUUAGAGGCCUUCAGUGAAUCAGAUGAGGAUAUCAAAUCAAAUUUUUCAAUUUCGUUAAGGACGCGAUCACAGAGUCGAGGACCUACGCUGCGUGAACGAAAUAAACACAAAGUCGGUCAAGAGAUGGAUGAUAAUGACAUGGAAGUGGAAGAGUUCUCACAUAUAGGUCGGAACACUAAGGCCCAGAGUAGGAUGGCACACGAAUCUAAUCAUAAUAUUUUAAAUAAAGAAGAAAUUAACGAUUCGAUUAAUAUAAGAACAAGGUCAUUAAGUCGAGCAGCUAAAGCUAUUGAGUCACCCAACAAAAAAGUUCAGUCUUUGGUUACCUUAGAUUCCGAUAAAAACGAACAAUUAACCGUCCACCAUAGUGAACUAAGUGCAAAACUUUCCUCAAUUCAUAAUAAACUCAAUCAAGAGAAUCUAGCUCUACUUAAUUUACAGCAGGAGGAUGCAGAGCUUGACAAGGAAAUCGAAGAGCACUCUCGUAACUACAAACAAUUGAGGACACAGAGCCCAGACCUAGACGCUGAAUUACUAAACUCUCCCAGUUCUGCAAACCUCGACCAGUUAGUUGGAUCUAGCAAAUCCGACGUCACUGAGGUUGAGGAACAGUGUCGCGUCAGUGACCUACGAACACCUUCAAUCGUACAAUCAGGUGAUAAACAGCUCGCCACGCCUAAAAGCACGAAUGGUAUCCCAGUAUCCGGCCGAAUAUCCAGGGCUUCCAAACGGGGCGAGUCUGCUUCGCGUACUCUGAGAGACAUUUCAACAACUCCAUCUCGAGGCAGAAGGGAAAGUUCAUGCAGUGGUAGCAGAUCGAGUACGCCAAGGAAAACAAGGCGCUUAUCAAGCAAUUUACCAACAAAGAUCUCAAGGUCUCGUUUGAAUUCUGAAGCUGCUUCACUCGACGUAAAGCCGGCAAUUGAAAUUGCGCCAUCUCAAGAUCUCAAAGUUCAGCUUAUCAAGAUAGAAACGGUGUGUCAAAGUUUUAAGGAUUAUUCUGCUAGUGAAAUAGAGGUGUUGACGCGUAAAUACAUCGAUCUUUUAAUGAAUUCGAAUUUCACAUGUGAUACCUGGCGAGAACCUAUCAAUUAUCAUCGUCCUGUAGAUACCACUCUAAAGCAUCAACAGCAGGUUGAGCAGGUUGAUAACUCCGACUGCGUGUCAACUGAUUUUGAGACGCAAUGUGAAGAUAUUGAAGAACCAAUGUCAAUGAAAGAAAUUGAGAAACUCGCUGGUACUUCUAAUGAAGAGUUUACUAUAAUAGAAGAAAGGAUAGUUAUCGAAAAACAACAGGAGACUUCUCCCAAGAUACAAAAACAGAAAACCCCCGAUAAACCAAAAAAAGCAUCUUCCAAGAAAAUUGAUCAACAAAACGUUGCGUCACUAACGCCGUUAGAGUCUGCGAUCGCUACGUUAGCGAACCAAGUCGAGCCUCUCGAAAAGAUGGACUUGGGAGUCCUGAACACCUCCGUACCAGAUAAAGAGACGCGUAAUGAGCAGAUUAUUGCAUCACCCAACGUAAGUGAAGCUAGUCGUGUGAAUCAAGAGCAAACAGAGUUGGUGGGAAAGGAUGUAUCCAAAAAUCGGGAUAAAAACACUAUAACAGUUAAUGGUACAACAAUGCAUACUUGUCCUUCAUGCAACAAGAUUUUCGUAAUCGAGGAUUUGCUCAAAGAACAUAUCACACUUAUCCAUGGCGAUAAAUUGUCCGGUACGGAUUCCAAUGUAACCUCUACUACCAAAACUAAAACGAAUGAGAAACGAACGAGCUUAGCUACUAGUGGACCUUCUUCUGCAAAGAAACAGUCAGGAAAAAUCAAGAAAAAGCACAGGUACUCAGAAAGUCUAAAGUGUGCAAUCUGCUCACAAAUGUUUGAAACCAAAGAACUGUUGUUCGAGCAUAUAAUGACGCACAACGAAACAGAGCUUCAAUCGGCUUACGUAUCAGCCAUAGCCAUUAGGAACCACGAUCCAGAUCCAAACAUUAUGGACGAAGUAGCUGCUGAUUUAGAUGCCAGCCAUCAGAAAAAGGACAACAAUAAUAGGAAGAAGAGCACAGAUGGUAGUAUAAAAUGUUCUAUGGCAUCAUUCGAUGGUGAAGAUUCAAAUGAUAAUGAGUCAAGAGCGACUUCAACUAUGGUAACAGCCAAUGCACCUGUCGAGCAGCAGCAACAGGUCAUCGAUUUGGCUGGCAAUGAUAAUAAUUCUGAAAUUGAACCAAUUCUUGAGAACAUCUGCCAGAGACCCAUAAGCAUCUGCCCGUGUCAUGCUCACGAAACCACGAAUCAGGACUUGCAGAUCGAGAUGGUGCUGCUAUGUAAGACCUGCAAUGUGAUAUUUCGUCGACGGGAUUGCUUCGAGGUGCACUAUCGCUCGAGUCCCGAAUGCCGUCUCAAACGUAGUAACAAUGAGAUUACAAAAGUGCCUAAGCUUUUCUGUAGUGGCUGUCCGUGCGUGCUGGAGUCGCUUACGAAAAUGAGAGAGCAUCUUGAGGAACAUGCUAAAAAAAACAAUCAAGGAACGGUCACAUUUAUCUGCAACAUUUGCAAAGUUGCUUUCUUUGGAGUCGGUGGUAUCUUUUACUCCCAUUGGUUCAAUCAUACGAAAGCGCCAAACUUUGUUGCGAGUCGAUACUCUUUCCCGAAACUGUCAGUGGUAACUGUCUUAGAGGAUCCAAAUGUUGCAAUAACAACAACCAAGAGUCAGGAGGGUUUCUUCUAUAUUGCGGAGCACGUAUGUCGACAGUGCAGACUGCCAUUCAGUUCAGAACCUGAGCUGCAAAAACAUAAGGAACAUCCUUGCCAGCCUCCAGCGCCUGCCAUGGCUCGCUCGGAUGGCUCUGAUAGCAAUCGCUUGCAAAUGAUAAAGUUGAUCUGCGAUCUGUGUAAGAAGUAUUACGUGAACAAAGAAAACUUUGACCGUCAUUGCUGUGAGCGUAACCAUUUGAAGACUCCACCUCCGAAAUUUUCACGACUGCCUAUAAACAACAAUGAACAAGCUUUUGUUUGUGGCCUUUGUCGUAGUGUAGCCAAAACUGACGAAGAAAUGAAGGAGCACUGGAAGCGCAUACACAGUCCUAUAAUGGAGCUGUACACUUGUAAGACGUGUAAUAUUGUACCGUCGAACGACGUUACGAACUACACUUACGAGAAAUUUGAGAGACACUGUCGAUUGAUGCACAAGAGUGAGGUUAUCACGUGUCUUGUGUAUUUUGUCACUGCCAGAUACGUUUGUAACGUUUGUAAGUUUGGAUUUGAGUCGGAACGGUCGAUGAAAGAGCACCAAGUUAUACAUCAGAAAAGAUCUACAGCGACUAACAUAGCAGCUGCGCAGACACCAGUGCCUGCAGUGCUACCAAUGAAUCCAUCAGCCCCAAGUUUCUGGGUUACUAAUCAGUCAGGACCAGAUGGUAGUAUGCAAAUGCACUCUAUUUAUGUACAGUAUCCUAAUAUCAAUGGAAACAUUCAUCCACAAGUUCCAAUUUUGCCUAAUGCAGUUCCAGUAAACGUUAUGAAUCCACAACAAAUGCAAAUACAAAAUACUCUUAUACACGCGGGCACGUUAAAUGUCACACCAAGCAUCAUCACUAGUGACAAUGUGGUAACAGGAGAAAAUUCCGCAACUACAAGUGCUUCCAAUACUGCAGGUGAUUCGGUGCUACGCACUAUACUGGUUCAACCGGCUGUCGACCACCGACAGAGCUGUACAAAUGAACCUGGCAGUACUUCACGCAACUCCAUUAUUGAGACAAUACAAAUCGAUUCAAGAUCUAAUAGUCCUAUAUUGGAUAAUGUUGCAUCUACUACUACGGUUACCGUUACUACAAACAGUGGAACUUCUGUGACGGCUGACGAAACAGUUCCUACUUCGCCUACAUCUCGUAAAAAAUCUUACAUGACGAUGGUUAAUCCCAAUUUCGAAUCUAUGCUUGGAACAAAUAACAGUUCACAGAGUAACGUAAUCAAUGAUGCUAGUCCUGCGCCAGAUAAAGGUACUUCGAGUUCAAGUGGUGACGUAACGCCUGUGAGCACAGAAUCAGCUACUCCACAGCCGUUCGAGGUCGUUCUCUUGACGGACGACCUGAGUGAAAAUUCUAAUGGAGAGACUAACCCUGCAAAUGAUCAACCGGCAGAUCAACGGCAAAAGACGAUGGAGUCAACUGAAAAUUCCUCGGUUAAACCAUUCUUGCGCGUGAGAUCUAUAGCAGAGUUACAGAAGAUGAAGAUCCAUUUAUGCUCUGUAUGCGGUCUGAGUUUUGAUACGCCUUCAGCCUUCGAAAUACAUUCGCAACAGCACGAAGCCUCUGAUGAAGUUGGCCGAGCUACUCCUGUGCAAAUGAUUUCACCUAUGAUUUCACAGGCUAAUAAGGAAACAUCCAGCGAACCUCACAAUAUUCUUAUCACACAGAUGAGACAGAAGCUAUCAUCCCUUAGUACUAACGGACCAUCUUCGCCUAAUAAUUCUGACUCGAGAACUAAUAUUAGUCCGACAGUACAUCCUAGCCAGCCUCGGCUGCAGCAACAACAGCAGCAGCAGCAAAAUUAUUGGUUCGCGCCUUGCAAUGGUGCUGGAAUUAAUGUUGCUUCAAGUAUAACUAAUAACUACAGUAUAAAUCAGCAACAGCAGCGAAGUCAACAUCAAAACAUACCAACGCGUUCCAUGAACAGUCCUGUAAAUACAAUAGAUUCUUAUUUAACACCGCGAGGCUUGCCCCCACCGUAUCCGGGAACUACGAAUACAAUGAUUCCUAGUCGGCCUGGUACUAUCCAGUUGCCAGAAAGGAACUUAACGGAUAGCAGCACCCCAGGGACAAAGCGACCAUCUGGAGCUGCGACACGGAUACCUCAGCAGAGUUUACCUAGUUUUCAAGAGCUCGCUGAGCAUCGGCAGUCUAAUACUCGUGCUCCAUAUAAUUGCAAUUCAAACGAUGGUUCAGUGCAAAAUAGUUCACUUAACAAUAGAGCACAAAUGAACGCAUCUGCCAUUCGCAACCCACAUACCGUGCAUCAUAUACUGGCACAAAAAACCUACAGUCGAAGCUCUAACGAAAUGAAUUACUCAACUGCGACUGUCAAUAAUCCUGAGAGCUUUCAAAGCCCUGGUCAGCAGAGGAAAAAUAUUUACAAUUGUCAAUACUUUGGUUGCAAUUUCCGCUCGCAAAGCUUAGCUGCGCUUCGAGCGCACGGGGCAGGUCAUUUGUCUACUAAACAGAGCUCUACUUCACCGGCUAAUCAAGAAAGUCAAUCAAACUUGUCGCCACAACAGCGUCUUCCCUCGUUUCAAAACGUUUCGAAGCACGUUUUAGUGAAUCAAGUACCGGAAAGGACACGUCACGCUGUUCCCAGUAGUCGGCUUGCACCAACUAAUAGUACAGAAAAACGUCUUGUCUGUCGCAUCUGUAAUUUCACGUGUACUACAAGUACCGAACUAAUACAACACGUAACUACUAAUCAUAGUGCACCUGCACCAAAUCAGGUCUGCUGUUAUGUAUGCGAUUACUGUCCAACGCCGCUUAUCUUUGAAUCCGAGGAUCUUUUACGCAAACACAUGAAUUCCAGUCACAAUCAUUUUUGCAAUGUGUGUAACAAGAGAUAUCCGUCGAAAGAGGAUUUGAUGAUGCAUAUGGAUGUGCACGCCAGAACCACUUGAUAUUUGUUAGGCGUGGAGCGGCAAAACGAUAAUGAAAUCGGGGAUGAGCGAGAGGAAGAGGCAGAGGACCCCCUAGCUUCCCAAUAAAGAUACAAAGACAGUAUGCAGCAUUCCUAGGCUAUGAAUGCCAAUAAAGUGUCGAAAUGAGUAGAAUGUAUUGAAGUACUCCGGUUAUGAGAUAAUUUACUUGCGCCAUAAUUUGAUAUUCAAAAUUUGCUGUAACCUUGACUUGAUGUUUUUGAAAAAUUAAUUCAUUGAAUUUAAAAUAUUCGACUUUUUGAAAUUGCUUUUUUGUAGAUUUGAUUUUCAUAAUUAAACAUUGAUCCAGUAAUAUAACCAAACUCUUAUUUGUAAUGAAUGUAUAAAAGUAAAAUUAAUUUUUAUCUAGAAACUAGUACAACCCAAUUCCAGUAUGAAUUUUUUUUUAUUUCAUUUUUUACUAUUUUGGAUACACGUAUGUUUUUUAUUUUUAUUUUUUUUUUUUUUUUAAUUGAGCAACUUCAUAUUUUCAUUUAAUUUUUAUAAGAAUCGCUUUCCGCUUAUAAUUAUAUUCAAAUUAAUUAUUGAAACAAAUUAUAAACCAUUUCUAUCUGUAUUUUCUGACAGACAAUGUAGUGUCAAUGUGAAUAAUUGAUAUUUAAAUAUAUUCAGUUUUGAUUUAUCAGCAAAUUUUGAGAUUUGUAAAAUGUGUGUAUAAAAGUCUUUGAAUUAGCUAAUAGCUUCGUUUAUUAAGCUCCUCGAAAUGAAUUUAACUUCUACUUUAUAUUUUCUUGCGCUCGAAAUGUGGGCAUACUCUGCAAAUCGAAUUGUAUUUACAAUGAUAAUGGCGAAACUUGAAAAGGUUCUUCGACAUCUUCGUGCGGAUUCUUGUAAGAUGUUUUUCAUAAACAUAACAUGAUUAGUAAUUUGUAGUAAAAACUGUAUUUCUGACUAGUAGCGUAAUCCUUAGAGUAAGAACAAAUUCGAGUAUCAACAUUUCAUCUAAAAACUACAGAGUAGUUUAAAAUUCAAUAAAAAAUUCAUAUGAAAUCGUACUAAGUAAAGAAUUUCAAGCAAAUAUGUAAAUUGGAUAAAUUUGAUAAGAUUUAUUGUAACUUUACGUCGCUUUGGUUAAGAAUAAUAUUGUAAACAUCAUUUUUUUAAGCGAAAUUAAAGAAUGUCUUACAAUUUUGUAAAAUUGUUUUUAUAUACACCAAUAAGAAAUCUCAAAUAUUAUA